UCUCUCUCUUUCUCGCACACACCUGACUGACCUGGCUAUGUCUGCCUCUUCUUCUACAAGUGCUGCUGCUGCCAAGCCUACCGGCAAGCAGCCCAUCUCUGUUCUCGAUGAUGACGAGUUUGAGGAGUUUGAGAAUGAGUGGACGGCGCCCAAGUCGGCGAACAAGGAAGCGCUGUGGCAGGACGAUUGGGACGACGACGACCUGACCGAUGUCUUCUCCCAGCAGCUCCGGGCAGAGCUGGACAAGGUUGCUGCUGCAUCGGGUGUCGCUGCCAUGAAGCAGUAACUCCAUCGUCAUCUGCAUACCCAAGACCAUGGGAGAAGAGCAAGCAAGUGCGUGUGUGUAAGAGAGAGAGAGAGUUUAAAGAAAA